GUAUUGGUUGCGCGCAUUCAGUGAGAGUGUAUGGCAUAGACUCCCAUAGACUUCACUCAACGGCAACACUAAUAGUGCAGUGAUUUCUCAAAUGCAGUGAAAAAAAAACUGAAUCACUGUUUGAUUAUUCAAUAAAUGAGUGUUUGAUUUGAAUUGACAUUAAUUUUACACAACUCUUGAGGUUGUGGUGUGUAUUGAAUGGUGUGUUAGCGUUGAGUGUCUUCGCCGGCGAAUCCAAUGAUGUGGUCAUCGGUUGAAUACGCGAAGUCGUUGUCGCGUGUGUUUUGGUCGGAGAAGGUGUGGAUCCCUCCCAACACCACAUGGCAUGAGUACGAAGACAACUACAGACACUUCAACGACAUCUACUAUUCGCUCUUCACCGCAGUCCUCCUCAUCUGUCUUAGACUCGCACUCGAGAGGUAUAUCUAUACACCGAUUGGCGUAUACUUAGGUCUGCGGCCAAAUCACGGCAAGAGUCCGCCCAAUAACGCGGUUUUGGAGACCGCUUUUCGCGCCUCAAAGGGAAGGUUUAGUCACAAACAGAUCCAGGGAUUAGCCAAACAAUUGGAUUGGAGUGAACGGCAGGUGCAGAGAUGGGUGCGCCUCAUGAGUGCACACAAUAGGCCGACAGUCCUCUCGAAGUUCACUGAAAGCGCAUGGAGAUGUAAUUUCUAUUUUGCAUCAUUUGUUUACGGCGUUUAUGUUCUUUGGGACAAGCCAUGGAUGUGGGACUCGAUGUACUGUUUCAUCGAUUAUCCGCAUCACGACUUUUGGGCGAUGUUUGUGCACCACGUGGUCACUCUAUGUUUAUUAGGCUUUUCGUGGGCCUGUAAUCUGGUCAGAAUGGGAACACUCGUCCUCCUAAUCCAUGACUUCGCGGACAUACCUCUGGAGGGCGCAAAAAUGAUGACAUACGUGAAGAAACAGCGUUUGGCUGACGGCAUAUUCGUGGUGUUCACCCUGUGUUGGGUGGUCUCCCGUAUCGGUCUAUUGCCGUAUCGCAUACUAUACUUCUCGCUGUACAAAGCGCUGUCAGUGGUGCCGAUGUUCGCCGCAUACUAUAUAUUCAACGGCCUGUUGUGCGCUCUGCAAGCCUUACACAUAGUGUGGACCUGGUUUAUAGUGAGGAUCGCCAUCCAUGCCGUCAAAAACAACGGAAUUAAAGAUUUGCGAUCGGAUGACGAGUCGGAGUCGAGUGUGGAUUCAUUGAAUCACUCGUCGGAUGAAUUGGCGAACGGAAACCAUAAGAACUAUUCAAAUGGCGGCACAAAGAUUAACACCCAAUCUAUUAAUAACGUUAAUUCGACGACAAAAUUAGUUAAUAAUCACACGAAUAGGUCUACGGUUCGGCACGAGUCGUGAUUUUCAUCUCAUAGAUACCUAAACCCAUUAGUAAAAAAAUGUUCGCUUUUUUCUCAUAACAAAAAG